GAUGAAGCCAAAAUUGGCCUCCCUCCCCUACUGGGGCACGCGGGCGGCAGCUGCCUGCUGUGAGCCCAGCCCAUAUCUUCCUUCUUCCUCCAUCGUCAUCCAUCUUCGUCCUUUCCCCUACCUUCUUCGGCGCUUCUCUAGCCCUCACCGAAUUUCUGGUAGAGAGCGCUGUCACUCGACUCAUUUUCACAGAUUUCGCUAUGGGUGUAAAGACUAGAGUCCGCCAACAGGCUCUUCCACUCGCCGAGUCCUUCAACCCUGAUGAUGAUGAUGAUGAUGAUGAUGAUGCUGUUCACGAGGGCGACGAGUCCAGUUCGUGUUUCGAUUCCGACUCAGAUCAUUCUGACGACGACUACGAGUCUGGUGAUGGCUACUCAACUACCUUGAUCGAGCCCGAUUCCGACACCCAGCCAUGCCUACCGGUACCGCUUGCACCCCAACAACCACGGGACUCCCCCUCGAGCGCUUCCAAGGGUAGGAGGGCUCCCGCUAUAUCAUCCGAGCUGCCCGAGUACAGCGAUGACCCCAACGACGACACUGAUGAAGACCUCGCGAAUGUCCCUUUGGACUAUGGGAGAGCCCGGAUCGAGGAACGAUGGAACAAAUACUGUGGUGUGAAAGUGGCCGAGCACGGUGCGCCCCCUAAAUGGAGCGACCCUGAGGGUGCACUCCAGCAAGCGAUGACAAACAAUAUCCAUCAAUUUUUCAACUACUGCAUGAAGCUCAAGCGAGGCAAAGACAGCCGGCUUCUCAAAGGGAUCAAGAAAGGGAGCGCCGUUACGGCGGAGUGGAAGUCUCUUCAAGGAUAUUAUCGACUGAUUACACGGACUAGCUUCACUAAAGUACAGUGUGAAGAGAUCAACACGGCUGUUGCUCAGAUGCCUUCUGAGUUGAUCCAUCUCCUGGAGAAGCUGUUCACCUGGCCUACGUCCCACUCCCUUGAGGAUAAGUGGGCUAGGCGGAAUGCGGCCACCAAGGCAGUCAGUAAAUACUGUGGCGUUUGGGAAGGAGGCCCUCUCCACGGUCGAUGGAAACAAGCUCCGCCAAGCGAUAACGAACUUGACCAAGCGAAGUCGUCUAAGCGCGUCGUCAGGGCGGGACUAACGUCUGACACGUCAGCUUCAAACUCCAGCAAUCCCCUGGAGGGAGCGAAAAAGCAAAUCAUCCGUGCCGGAGAGCCGGAUGCCGAGAAGCCAAUAAUCUAUUUUUAGUACUUUGGCAAUCAGUUGCUUCCAGAACACAAACGCAAUCAAUCAUGGUUGAGACCCAACAUAACGGUGCGACAUUUUUGAGCUAAGCAUCUCCAGGAUCGGCAGUGCCAUUUCUGCAAUGAUAGCGAGAUUUUUCUGCAUCAAAUGCACAUGCAAAGACAUACAGAGGUGGCCCAUCGCCUCAU